UGUCAAUAAGAGAGUGUUCUGUCGGAAGGGAGUGGAGUUGAAGUCGCUGCCAGAAAUCUUCUCUUCGGGAAAAAAAUUACAUUACACUGUUUCCUUCAAUGGCGAUGCAGUGUGUGACCAAAGUGGAGCUCACAGUCUCCUGUGAAAAUCUUUUGGACAUGGAUGUGGGCUCCAAGUCUGACCCCCUGUGUGUCUUGCAUAUGAAUGCAUCUGGAAAUCAGUGGUUUGAAGUGGGCCGCACAGAAAAAGUUCAAAAUUGCCUGAAUCCCAAAUUUGCCAAGAAGUUUCUCAUAGAUUAUCACUUCGAAAUCGUACAGAAGCUUAAAUUUGGCAUUUACGAUAUAGACAACAAAACCGUUGAUCUGAGUGACGAUGACUUUCUUGGAGAGUUGGAGUGUACCUUGGGUCAGAUUGUGUCCAGUGGGAAGCUGACCAGACCACUGAUCUUGAAGAACAAAAGACCAGCAGGAAAAGGAACCAUUACUAUUAUUGCAGAGGAAAUUAAGGAUAAUAGGGUGGUAAAUUUUGAAGUCGAGGCCAGGAAGCUGGAUAACAAGGAUUUCUUUGGAAAAUCAGACCCCUACCUGGAAUUCUACAGGCAAAUCGACUCAGGGUGGCAGCUUGCCCACAGAACAGAGGUGGUGAAGAACAACCUUAACCCCUGUUGGAGACCUUUUAAAAUCCCUCUGCAAUCUCUCUGUGGAGCAGACCUGGAGAAACCCAUCAAGGUGGAAUGUUACGACUAUGACAAUGACGGGUCACAUGACCUUAUUGGCAUUUUUGAGACGAAUAUGAAACGCCUGCAGGAGGCUACAUGCACUUCACCAGCAGAGUUUGAUUGUAUAAACAUGAAGAAAAAGCUGAAGAAGAAGAGCUAUAAGAACUCUGGUGUUGUGAGUGUGAAAAUUUGCCAGGUUGUGAAGGAGUACACAUUUUUGGAUUACAUCAUGGGUGGCUGCCAGUUGAAUUUCACUGUUGGAGUGGACUUCACAGGGUCAAACGGUGACCCAAAGUCUCCUGAAUCUUUGCACUACAUCAGUCCUAAUGGGGUCAAUGAGUACCUUUCCGCCAUCUGGUCUGUUGGCCUGGUGAUUCAGGAUUAUGACAGUGACAAAUUGUUCCCAGCCUUUGGGUUUGGGGCACAGAUUCCUCCAAACUGGCAGGUGUCUCAUGAGUUUCCACUUAACUUCAAUCCAUCUAAUCCAUUCUGUGCUGGAGUAGAGGGUAUGGUGGAAGCUUACAGGAUGUGCCUGCCCCAGGUCAAACUUUAUGGGCCAACUAAUUUUGCUCCCAUCAUCAGACAUGUGAGCAAAUUUGCCAAGCAGGCGCAACAACAGAAAUCAGCCAGUCAAUACUUUGUUCUGCUCAUUAUCACGGACGGCGUGAUCACAGACAUGGACCAGACCCGAGCUGCCAUUGUAGCUGCUUCCCAUUUACCCAUGUCCAUCAUAAUUGUGGGUGUGGGCGGGGCUGACUUCACUGACAUGGAGAUCCUGGAUGGGGAUGAUGGGCGCCUGAAAGCUCCAUCAGGAGAGCCAGCUGUGCGGGACAUUGUGCAGUUUGUGCCUUACAGAAAGUUCCAGAAUGCUCCUAAAGAGGCAUUGGCACAGAGUGUGCUGGCAGAGGUUCCUGGUCAGGUUGUCAAUUAUUUCAACAUGCUGAAGCUCAGCCCUCUUAAUUCAAGUACCCCUGUAGCUGAUUCUGAUGGGCAAACGAAGCUAAAUGCCUAAUGCUACUUCAGCAACUACCAGUAAGAGACCUCACCAGCUCCAGACAACAAACAACUUAAUUCAUGUACAACGCUCUGGUCCCUUACUAAAUGAGUCAUUCUAAGGAAGCAUGUAAAAGCUUAUUUGGGAUCAUAAACUCCAUAUCUACUGGUAACAAAUGUUUAUAUUAAUAAGAUAGUCCAGUACAUACAUUUACUCUUUACAUUUACUCAUUUAUCACAAGAAAAUGCCAAAUCUAACCUGCAUGCUCAAUGGCAAUGAAUGUUGUUCACAAGUUGCAGACAGCAUGAUUUGAAAAGCAUAAACUGCACAAUAUCAUGAUUACAACUUCAAAAUGAAUAAUCUGAAAGACUUAUCUAAAUGCUGAAGCUUUUUAUUCAGAAAGGCAAAUUAAAUCUGUGGAAAGCUUUUGUUACUGGUGCAGAAACAAGAUUCUGAUUCUUUAUACCAGUUAACAUCCCACCACUAAAUGCGCAAACAAUAGUCAAGUGUGCUUUGUGUCAACCGCCCCCAGUCCAAGGACACGCAUUGUACAUUGAUUCUCAUUUCCAAAUUGUCCGUAGUGUGUGAAUGUGUAUGCAGUUGUGCCGAGUGAUGGGUUGGAACCCCAUCCAGGGUGUCCCCCACCCUGUGUCCCAAGUCCCCUGGGAUAGGCUAAGCUCCCCAUGACCCUGUAUAGGAUAAGCGGUACAGAAAAUGGAUCCAUGAAUGGAUAUGUUUUGACAGCAAUCAAAUAAGCUCAUACUUGGAGUUGCUCUUUAAGAAUCCAGACACAGAGGCUGUAGUUUCAUGUAACUCUCCACUAAGGCUAUGUUCACAUUACAGAAGUGUCCCAAGUACUAUUUUUCCUAAAUGUUAUACAGAGCUGUGUGAAGCCAGAAGGCAGAUCUUUUCAAUCUUAUUUGAUCACACUUUGUUUUUCUGAUUUCCUGUACAAGUGCUGUACUUUGCCAUACCUAGUUUAUGCCCUUACAGUAUAUACAACCCCUGGAAAUAAUAUGGAAUCACCACACUUAGAUGUUCACCUGAAUUUUUUACUUCGUAGCAAAUAAACAAAUCACAGAUAUGAGACAAAACAUUUUUUGUUUAAUAGCUGUACAUUUUGGCUUUGUGAAACAUACCUCAAACAUGUUAAAUGAAAUUAUUUUUAAUUAAUGGCAUAUUUUUUCCAGAUCAAGUAGAGGAAGAAAUUAUGGAAUCACCUUAUAAUUUGCAUUUCAAAAGCAAAUUCCAGCACAAGUUUAAAAAUUCAAAUUAGUCUGCAGUUAAAAGAGUGUGCUUACGGACCUUAACCUAGGACUUUUUGAAAGGUAACCUGGUCCCAACAAGGGAGUUGAAACAACGGAAAUUAUUAUAAAACUCUUUCAAGAAGGAAAUCCAACAUGGAGUGUGUCAAAAGAUGUUGGUUGUUCCCAGUCAGCUGUGUCUAAAAUUUGGUGCAAGUAUAAACAAAAUGGGAAGGGUAUAAAAGGAAAACAUACAGGUAGACCAAGAAAGACAUUAAAGAUAAACAAAUGGACAGAAACAGGAGUCAAUGUUUGUGACAGAACUGUAAGAAAUCGGCUGAAUGAAUUUGGGUUUACAUAUAGAAAAGCCAAAUGAAAACCAGCACUAACACCUAAAUGGAAGAAAACAAGCUUACAGUGGGCUAAAGAGAAGCAAUCAUGGAGUGUGGAUGAUUGAAUGAAAGUGAUAUUCAGUGAUGAAUCAUGAAUCUAAAUUGGCCAAGGAGAUGAUGCUGGAACUUUUGUCUGGUGCCGCGCUAAUGAAACACAUAAAAUGAUUCCCUGAAGAAAACACUCAAAUUUCCCCACUCAUUUAUGAUAUGAUAUGGAGUUUCAUGUCAGGUGAAGGACUAGGGGAGACGUCAAAAGUCAAUGCACAAGUGUACACUGAAAUUCUGGGCACUUUUCUCAUUCCAUCAAUUGAAAAUAAUAGGUUUGGUGGUGAUCAAGUCAUUUUUCAGGAUGAUAUUGCAUCUUGCCCCAGAGCAAAGUGUUAAAGUUUUUCUUCAGGAAAGGCAUAUCAACCUAAUGACAUGGUCAGCAAACAGUCCGGAUCUCAGUCCAAUAGAAAAUUUAUGGUGGAAAUUAACAUUGGUCCAUGACAAGGCUCCAUCCUGCAAAGCUGAUCUGUCAACUGCUAUUCGAGAAAGUUGGAACCAGCUUGAUGGAGAAUAUUGUUUUUCAUUGCUGAAGUCCAUGCCUCAAAGAAUUCAGGCUGUCAUAAAAGCCAGAGGAGGAGCAACAAAGUACUAAUUGUGAUUUUUGUUGUUGUUGAUGAUUCCAUAAUAUUUUCCUCAACAUUGAGUGACUCCAUAAUUUUUUUUCCUCUGUUUGUUCUAGGAAAAAAGACAUUAAUUAAAACAGUUUAAUAUAAUUUGAUUGAGGUAUGUUUCUGGAAGCCAGAAUGUUCAGAUAUUAAACAAAAAUUGUUUGCUUUGUGUCAUAUCUGUGAUUUGUUUAUUUGCUAUGAAGUAAAAAACCUGGGUGAGCAGCCUGUAAGUGUGGUGAUUAUAUAUUUUUGCCAGGACUUGUACAAAUACAAAUAUGAAGCAUCAAGGCAAAAAGAUCAGAUCUGAGCAAAAAAAAUCUGAAUUGAGCACUAAAGCUACUAAUGUGAACAUAGCCCAACUGCAUGUUUACACAUAUUGGUUCAAAUUGGUGUUUUUUUUUGUUUUUUUGUUUUUUUCUAUAAUUUUUUUUUGUUACAUUGAAUCUCUCUUGGUGCCUUAUAUAUCAGGUUUCCAGCACUGCUAUAAUAAUUUUUAUUCAAACUGUAUAUAUAUCUCGUUAUAAAAAUUACUUUUAUAUUUCAAGGAAAAUUAUUUUGUCAGUUUACACAGUUCUGUUAAUGAAAAUGCUUUAAUUGUUAAUGUUGCUUGUGAGCAGUUAUGCUAAUUAAGUGCCAUAAUAUUAAUCACACUGAUUUAUUGAUAUUGUUUAUAGCCUCUCUGAAUGGGAAUAGAGUGGCAAAUUGAGUCGUGUUGCUACCUCACAGCAUAGGUAGCCACCUCACACCAGGGUUCCUGGUUCACUGUGUUUCUGUGGGUUUCCUCUGCUUUCCUUUCAACCACCAAAAAUAUGUCACUAGGUCAAGUGGCUAUGCUAAUCUGCCCCUUUGAUGCAAAUGAAUGUGUGAAUGAGUUUGUGUGAUCAACAGGCACCCAGUGUUCCCAGAGUAGACUCCAGAUCUAUAUGUAGGUAUUAUGCUAUGUUAAAUGUUGAAAAGAUUCCUCUUAACUAAUUUCCUGCAACAAAAUCAUUUUGACUUUAUACUUCAAGAAAUUUAUAGUUUAAAAAAAGCUAUCUUAGUUGGACAAAAAUGUGUUUGAUGCAAUGUGCAUAAUUUUUAACUUCAUAAAGGACUCACUGUAACUUUGGCUGAUUUUUCCCUUUUAAAGUGAUCCCACACUGUGUUAGUUAUGUUUAUAUGGGGGUGAGGUAACUUGUUUAAUGCUGUAAGUUGUCUACCAAACAUCCAAAUGGUAGACAAACAAAUAGUCUUGUUUGUCUUUGCUGCCUUUGGGCUUUGGGUGGUUGUCAUGGUUAAAGCAAGGUUUUACACUUCUGUCUAUAUUACCCUUUUUUUUUUUUUUUUUUUUUUUUUUUUUUUUUAAAUGGUUAGCAUUUCCAUGAAGAAAUUUUAGGAUUUAUGAUUUAUUGUAUAAACUACUGGCCAUUGUUUAUGCAACAUUACAGUGGUUAUUUAAAUUUUUAUUUUUUUAAAUUUUUUAUAGAGAUUACAGUUUUUUGAUUGAUUACAUUUGAUUUAUUACUGAUUGUAAACCCACAUUAAACUCAAAUUCACUAAUUUGCUUAUUGCAUGUGUUAAGUUACACUUGCCAUUUUUAGCUCAGCAGAGGUGAUACAUUGUUAUAUCACCUAUUAAAUGGCUGUUUAACAAUUACAUGCAGUCCCGCAUUACUAACGGUGUGAUUUUCAGUUUGUUUGCGCCCUCCCCAAAACUUUUAGGACUAGUCGCCACUGAUUACAGUAUUAAUGAGCUGAUUCUAGUUUUAUAAAACUAUUAUUUGAAUUUACAGAUGCAUCUAACCAUGCUUAGUUGUAAUAUAACAUUUUUCAAUCUCUUGGGUUAGAGAAUAAAAUUUUUGUGCACUAUUUUACUUUUGUGUUUAAUGUUUUUAAAAUGUGGAGUUUGGUAUAAACAAAUGUCCAAGCAGUUGUUAGAAAGCUAUAAUGAUACAAAUUCUCCAAACACUGUGGGAAGUGAUAUAUACACACACGUGUGACAUUGUGUUAUGUUGUUAUAUAUUGCAUUUAUGCCUGAUUGGCUGAUUGUACUCACUGUGGUGGACCAGUUUUCAGUUCAGUGUCAAGUAAAGAGUCCAUAUUUGAUUACAAUAACCACAUACGGUUACGUUAAACACAAUGACUACAAUAUAUGACAACCACAUAUCAUAUAAGCAUUGUGCCGACCACAAUAUCAACUCAUCUCAAGAGUGAAAUGGAUUGAACUGGAACAGUGACAACUAUAAUAAGAUGUUGGCUUUGUAUUCACUUUGACCUAUAUUCUUCAGCCAAAGAAGUGAUCAGAAUGGAGAUGCCUGUUCUAACAGAACAACAAUAAAUUUUUCAAUGUAAAUUGACUUCUGUGUUU